GUAAAAUAAAGAAAAAACGGAAGAUGGAUUCAAAAUUAGUAAACAUUUUGUUGUUGAGCUUCGCGUUUUUCACAAUUUUCUUCGCAUUUCGCUCAGCUACCAGUCUUCAGAAAAAAAUUCUGCAGGCCGCAAAUACUAAGGAGCACACCUUCAAAAACAGCGGCAUCAUAAGUCUGGGCAUUUUUUAUUGCGUUUUUGCAGCAACCUGCUGGUUUGUACCACACCUAGUAGCUGUAGUGGGCCCGCGAUGGGCACUGAUAUUUGGCACCUUUACAUAUCUAAUAUUCAUCAUACAUUACGUCCAACCCUUCGAAUGGCUAUUGUAUGCGCUAAAUGUAACUCUUGGCGUUGGUUCUGCUAUUACUUACAUUGCGCAGGGCAAUUAUAUUGCUAGAAAUAGUGAUGCGCUUACCGCAACCAGGAAUUCGGGCAUAUUUAUUACUUGCCAACAAGGGAGCAACCUCAUUUCCGCCAUCUUAAUAUUCUUUGAAUAUGCCAAUGUUGAGACGUUUGAAGACACAGACCGUUACAUAAUUAUAUCCGUAUUAGCAGUUAUUUGCCUAAUUGGCCUUAUGAUGGUGAUUUUUUUACGCUCACCUCCAAACAACCAGUCGAUAGAGCGGAGUAAAAAUAGCUGCGCAUCUGUAUUCAUUGCAAUCAAGUUAAAUAUUUUGCUGCUGCUGGAAAGAGAUAUGUUACUGCUAACUGUCAUCUUCAUAUAUUCGGGAGUAGUGCAGUCGUUCUACAGUGGCACUUAUGGUCCUGCAAUGGUGUUUACAAAAGAAUUGAAUGCGGAAUCAGGUGAAGCAUAUUUUAUGGGUGCCAUUUGCAAAGCUUGUGGCGGUCUUUUGGGCGCAUUGUUCUUUGCUAUUUUGGGCAAUGCCAGUGUGCGUUGGGGCCGCGAUUUAUUCAUUUAUCUGGCUGGCGCAUUCCAUCUAGCCGCCUUCGUACUUAUCUAUCUUGAUAUACCGGACGCCUCCACGUUUGGCGCAACCCAUGAAAGCUCAGUAAUAAAACCACCAAACUUAUAUUUGGCUAUAACUUGCACCUUCCUCUAUGGCUUGGGCGCUUCUUUUUACACCGUUCAUAUAUACAGCAUCCUAGCAUGCGCUUUUGUGGCGGGGUCAACUCCUGGAUUUGCGAUAUAUAAAUUCUUUCAGUGUCUUGCGUGCGCUUUGGCUUACCUAUAUUCAAGACAUGCCAGUUUAUACAUACAAAUGGGAAUACUGAUUGUGCUCCUAAUAGCUGCAGUUGCCUGUUUUGCAUUUGUUGAACGUAGACGUAAAGAAACGGGUGUAAGGGGUGCAGAACCCGCAAACUAAAUGUAAUACGAAAUGUUCAAUCUUGAAAGGAAUGAGUUAAUAUUUUCGAGAGAGUUAAAAUAUGUAUUGUAUUAUAGAAUAUGUACAGAAGCGGUCAAAAUA